UGCUGCAGAGCCCGGCGAGGUCCCCGGGAAGCCUCUCCCCUCACUUAGCCUAGCCCUGGGGAGCCUCCGGCAACUGGGCAGUGUGUUGCUGUGACUGGGAUUUUGCAGCCGGGAAUCUGUGUCGUGGUCGGAGGGAACAUGGAUCUCCGCCGCUUCCUCCUCUCCCUGCAUUGCUGCUAGCAGCUGGAUUAGUGGGACCACAAUGGUGAGGUCUGGUCUCCCGCCUGGCACUCAAACAACCAGCACCUGUUUCCAUAAACAAGCGCAUCUCUGGCUGGUCGGCUUACAGGGGCGAGCCUGCCCUGCCUUUCUGAGCGGUGGCUUUGCAUGGGCAGCAGCCUCGUGCUGGAGUCUGGGUGACACGAGAGGGACUGACGUGCACCCGGGUUCUCGGAUGUCGGCAGGCAGUGCAGCCUCGGCGCCCCAUUUUCGGCCCUGAGAUGGUUGGAGAAUCCAUCUACCGCCGUGGGGCCAGAAGAUGGAGGAAGCUAUACCGCGCCAACGGCCACCUCUUCCAAGCCAAGCGCUUUAACCGGAGAGCUUACUGUGGCCAGUGCAGCCAAAGGAUAUGGGGUCUCGCGAGGCAGGGCUACAGGUGCAUCAACUGCAAGCUGCUGGUCCAUAAACGCUGCCACGUGCUCGUCCCGCUGACCUGCAGGAGGCAUAUGGAUUCUGUCAUGCCUUCCCAAGAGCCUCCAGUAGAUGACAAGAACGAUGGUGUAGACCUUCCUUCAGAGGAAACCGAUGGAAUUGCUUAUAUUUCUUCAUCUCGGAAACAUGACAAUAUCAAAGACGAUUCUGAGGACCUUAAGCCUGUCAUCGACGGGGUAGAUGGGAUCAAAAUCUCUCAGGGGCUGGGGCUGCAGGACUUCGACCUCAUCAGAGUUAUCGGGCGUGGGAGCUAUGCCAAGGUCCUCCUGGUGCGGCUGAAGAAGAACGACCAGAUCUAUGCCAUGAAGGUGGUGAAGAAGGAACUAGUCCAUGACGACGAGGAUAUCGACUGGGUGCAGACAGAGAAGCACGUGUUCGAGCAGGCAUCCAGCAACCCCUUCCUGGUUGGCUUACACUCCUGUUUCCAGACAACAAGCCGGUUGUUCCUGGUCAUAGAAUACGUCAACGGCGGGGACCUCAUGUUCCACAUGCAGAGACAGAGGAAGCUACCAGAGGAGCACGCCAGGUUCUAUGCUGCUGAGAUUUGUAUUGCUCUCAACUUCCUACAUGAGAGAGGGAUCAUCUACCGGGACCUGAAACUGGACAACGUCCUCCUUGAUGCUGACGGACACAUUAAGCUGACGGACUACGGCAUGUGCAAGGAAGGCCUAGGCCCCGGUGACACGACAAGCACUUUCUGUGGAACCCCGAACUAUAUCGCUCCUGAAAUCCUGCGAGGAGAAGAAUACGGGUUCAGCGUGGACUGGUGGGCGCUGGGCGUCCUCAUGUUUGAGAUGAUGGCUGGACGCUCCCCCUUUGAUAUCAUCACGGACAACCCGGACAUGAACACUGAAGAUUACCUUUUCCAAGUGAUCCUGGAAAAGCCAAUCCGGAUCCCCCGCUUCCUGUCCGUCAAGGCCUCACACGUCCUGAAAGGGUUUUUAAAUAAGGAUCCCAAAGAGAGGCUUGGCUGCCGGCCGCAGACUGGAUUUUCUGACAUCAAGUCCCAUGCCUUCUUCCGCAGCAUAGACUGGGACCUGCUGGAAAAGAAGCAGGCCCUGCCUCCCUUCCAGCCCCAGAUCACAGAUGACUAUGGCCUGGACAACUUUGAUACGCAGUUCACCAGCGAGCCCGUGCAGCUGACUCCAGAUGACGAGGACGUCAUAAAGAGGAUUGACCAGUCUGAGUUUGAAGGCUUUGAGUACAUCAACCCGCUUCUGCUGUCUGCUGAGGAGUCCGUGUGAGGCCAUGAGCGUCUCCCUUGUGGACACGCCUGUGAAUGACCCUGUCACUUUACCCUUAACCACAGCAUAUGCAUGCCAGGCUGGGCACGAGGCUCCGAGCAGCCAAGGAGGGAUGCUGGCCACCGAGACCGCAGAGGGACACCCAGCAGGCACUUCUGGACAGAGCAGUCUCUUGUGUCCAGGCCCCAGAGGCUGGCUUUGUGCUGGAGGAAUAGCUUCCUGUGCCCGUGGCAGCCCUACCAGAGGGCAAGACAGUCACGCCAUUUCGAAGGUGCACAUUUUCCACAGAAACAGAACUCGAUGCACUGACCCGCUCCAGGAAAGUUAGCGUGUAAAUGCCCUGAGGAAUAAAAUGUACCGAUGAUGUCGAA